CUGUGCUGCGGGAGGUUAUUGUGAAGGAGCUGGGCAGAGAAGUGUCCGGGGGAAGCUGCUCCAUCAGGGCUGCCGGGGAGCUCGGCGUGACAGCAUCCUCCCAGCCAUCCUGAGACCCAGGGCGUUAGCUGGACGGGAGGCCACGACCUGACACAUUCGGAGUUUGGAGACACGUACUCUAUUGUGAAAAGCAUCAUGGCUGAGCCAGACUACAUUGAGUCAGAUAAUCCAGAGCUAAUAAAGCCCCAUAAAUUAGUAAAUCCUGUGAAGGGGUCCCGAAACCACCAGGAUCUUCACCGAGAAUUAAUAAUGAACCAGAAAAGAGGUCUCUCGCCACAGAACAAACCUGAGCUGCAAAAAGUGAUGGAGAAAAGAAAAAGAGAUCAAGUUAUCAAACAGCAAAAGGCAGAAGCUGAACAAAAAAAGACAGACUUUGAGGUAGAACUACAGAAGCGGCAUCAGAAAUUGGAAGAGAUGGAAAUGGAAAAGCAAAAAAAUGGGGAAGAACAAGAAAACAAGCCAGAGUUUCUCAAAGUGAAAGGAAACCUUCGUAAAAUGAAUCAAGAAGUCUCCAGCGCCAACAGUUCUUAGAUACAGGGACCUGAAGGGAAAUGCGUUUUUACAGGACUAAAGAUGGCUGUUUUUGUCGGAGGCUUGCCUUAAUUGAUAUUCUUAAAGUGAACUCUGAUUCUUGACAUUUUUCGGGACCCAACACAGCAGAAAUACCUUCCAAUAACUGCUAAAGACUAUUGAUUGCAGAGCGUGGAUACAGCGCUGUCGGCUGACAAAGUGACCUUUUUAAAUUCAAAAAGCUGUUAAAUUAAUGGUUUGUUUAGACGUGCAAAGAGCUCCUUACAUAGGUCUGUUCUCUGAACGCUUUGCAUCAUUUAUGUUUUUAAGCUACUUUUUUGCAGGGUUAUGUGUUAUUUUACUGUCUUGAAUUAAAAUGUAUUUUUUUAUGCUAAGAAAAAGACCAGAGCGCAAUCUGGUAUAAGGUUACAAAUCCCUGCACCUUUACCCACCCAUACCCUUAAGUGUUCAUAAGAUUGAGGUAGAUCUGCUACACUGGUUUCAUAUAUUAGGAUUGAAGUUAAUGGGAAUGACUAAUGUUACAGUGUAUAGAGAGACGCGUUUUCACCUUCUGAACAUUACAUUGAAGAAAAAAAGACCUCGUGAUUUUUUUUAAUAAACUUUAUUUUUUUCACACGUUUUCUUGAUUUUUCUGUUUUUAAGAAAUGCCUUUUUAGUUGGCCAAAUGAUGGUACUGCUGAACUUUGCAAUAUUUAUCUGCCAUUCUAUAACACCAGGUUUUUAUUUCCGCACCUUUUCUGUUUUAUGAACUUAGAUCAGAGGUCCCAAACCCAGUCCUCAAGGCCUACCAACAGUCCAGGAUUAGAAGGUUUUCCUGUUCUAUUCCUGUGGAUUUACUGAAAAACCUGGAAUGUUGGUGUGCCUCGAGGACUGGGUUGUGGACUGCUGCCCUAGACAACAUAUUUGUAAAGAAUUGACCUCAGUCUUAGUUUAUGAAAAGAAAGAAUCCCGGCACUGGCGUCUUCGAUGCAGGUAAAGGUUUAUUUACACAUAUGAAUGUUACAAGACGCGUUUCGGCAAUAAUAGCCUUUCUCAAUCGUUGUAAUGUGCAUAUGUGUAAAUAAACCUUUACCUGCAUCUAAGACGCCAGUGCCGGGAUUCUUUCUUUCUACCAUUGGAUCUACCUGAUCUUCGUGCACGGCACACCUGAUCCUGGUGCCAUCCUCCUCUACUUGGAUUAGUUUAUGCAACCAGGUUUUAUCACUUAGUGGUUAGUUUGUGGGGUUUGUUUCAGGCUAUGUAAAACAUAUGCGCGUAGUUCAGGUUAGAAAGAGAAUAUGUGCGCAAGCCUUUUACUAUCAAACCCUCUCAGCUGAUCCUUUUAAAGGCAAGAGCUGUGUUGGGCCCUGGUCACACUGGCUUCAUGGUUUCUUUUUUAAAGGAACCUUGUUGAAUUUGUUAUGUAAUGGAUCUUAUUGACUUGGGACCCUAUUUCAUUGCCUCGCCCCAAACAGUAGAUAAGUGCGGAUCUUGUAGAUCGGUGCUCAUUUACAGAGCCUUCAUAUGGCUCGAGCAUCAGGCGGGGAAGGGCAUACAAAUGAUCUCUGGAUUGUUUGUACUGAUGAUUUUUUUGACUGAUCAAAAUGAGCAUUUGCUGGCCCUAUUACACAGGGGGAUAUUUUUUUUUAGGCAAUAAUCGACUUGUGUAAUAUGGCCCUUUAAAGGGGUUAUCCAGGAAUAGAAAGAGCUAAUUUCUUCAAAAACAGUACCACAUCUGUCAUCAUGUUGUGUGUGGUAUAAGAUUUCAAAUCGCCUUAAUGGAACUGAGCUGUAAUACUGCACAUAACCUGGACUGGUGAUUCUGUUUUUGAAGAGACUCUCCAGUUUCUGUGGUCUGUCAGGUAGAAUAGCAUAGCAGCCCACACUACACUACCUGCAACAGAAUCCAGAUGGAAACAAACUUUAAAGGGGUAUUCUGGGGAAAUAAAAUUAUUGCCUAGUAAAUUUCAUGUCAAAAGUUGCUUAAGUGAAUAAUAUAAAAAAAUUAAAAAAAAUGUAUUCCAUUCCUAGUGUAUCCCUCACCCAUGAAUGUAGUUCUGUUUCUUUCCCUACCAUUCUUGCAGCUCUGCGGAAUGGUAGGGAAAGAAACGCAUACGAUUAGUUCCGGGGCCUCAUUGCAGCCUACCUACUCAAGCUGAGCCCCCUGAGCUGAGGGGAUAUGUCAUGUUGACCCUCAAAGAGCCAAACUUCAGAGCUGCGGGGAUUGCGUGGAAAAGAAAAUGAUAGGACUACAGAGCUGCCAUGGCGUGGAUACAGAUACACUUAUGUAACUAGUAUGUUACCCUCUUAAGCAGCCUUUUACAUAGGAUUUAUUCAGCAAUAAUUUUAUCUCCCCAAAAUGCCCAUUUAUCUCCAGUGUAAACUGAGCAUGGGGAAUAGACUACAUUUCAGGGAAUUUUUUAGUGAUGCAACACAUUUUUUGUUUCAAAAUGUACUUAUGACAAUAGCUGGAGCAUUCUCCUCAUUUUGUUCCAUCAUCUAGUUGUGGAAUGUCGCAUUGUAACCUAACUACAAGUUUGACAAAUCCUCCUACGUAAAUGUGAAUGUAAUUUGGACCAAAAAACUGGUUUGUCCGUCCGCAGCAGCAUUUGAAGGGGUGGAAAACUUUUUUUUUUAAUCAGCUGGUGCCAGAAAGUUAAACAGAUUUGUAAAUUACUUCUAUAAAAAAAAAAAUCUUAAUCCUUCCGGUACUUAUUACCUGCUGAAUACUACAGAGGAAAUGUUUUUUCUUUUUGGAACACAGUGCUCUCUGCUGACACCUCUGUCCAUUUUAAGAACUGUCCAGAGUAGGAGAAAAUCCCCGUAGCAAACAUAUGCUGCUCUGGACAGUUCCUAAAAUGGACAGCAGAGGUCAGCAAAGAGCACUGUGGUCAUUUCCCCUGUAGUAUUCAGCAGCUAUAAGUACUGGAAGGAUUACAAAUCUGUUUUAACUUUCUGGCACCAGUUGAUUUAUAAUAAUAUAUAAAAAAAAGGGGGUUUCCGCCGGAGUACCCCUUUUAAUCUUUUUGGAUUUCCAAUAACGAUCUGAAGGCAAUUUGCUAUUCUUACUAUGUCUAUGCAUUCUGGGUAUUCAUUUCUUUCCUUGAACAGACAAUCAUUUCUGCCUUGCUGAUAUUCUGAAUGGCCAGAACUCUUGCGGCUCACCAUAUACUGACAGGGGCCAAUGUGGGUUGAUAAGACCUUCUCAGCUGUUUGUAUCUAGCUUUAAAUCUUAACACCAGUGAACUGCGCAUUGUGUGAUCUGUGGCUUGUAUCUGUUUCAUUGAUACCCCUUCCUUUUAUACAAUGUAUUUAGCUGUAUUCGUGUUAUUUUGGAUGGCCGCUAUCAGGUUUGUUUGUUUUCUUGUUUUCUUUGUGGGGCUCCAUAUAUGUUUAGCAUAGUGUAGCUCGGAUCUUUACCUAUUUACUUAAUCCUAGCAAACUUGAACAAGGUUGGUUUUGCUGCUGGUAUCUACAUAUAAUGUGCUUUUAUAGGGAAGUGGGCAGCCAACGUCGCAUCUCUUCAUGUGCCAUAGAUUUUGGAAGUAUAUUGUCCAUCUUUAUUUCAGAGAGGCAGUCUACAUUUUCACAUUACUUGCUGUGCCAUUUGGAUAUUUGGAGGACGGUCAUAGGAAAUAGUUUUCUAUUUUGUAGAUUUGCUUUUUAUUUUAUACUUUAUUCUUUGACUUCUUUUCAUUGCCUCUCUUGUAUGUUUGCUGAGGUCUGUAUUUGUUAUUAGGAGGUAGUGCUGUGUGUCUGUAGAAUGUUCCCUACCCCUUAUUAUACCUUGCAGGGAAUCUUAGGCUUAAAAUGAAGUCUGUUUAUCCAACCAAUUGUGAAUGUACCCUACGUCAUGAGUGAUAUGGUCCAACAUAUCAUCAUAUGGUGUACUGGAAUUCUUAACUCUUGAGCUUUUUUAUUUUUAUUUUUUAUUAAGAUCUUAUGUUUAAACUCCUAAAGGGAAGCAAAGCUGUGAAUUAUUAUGGACGUUUAGAUCUAAGACUGAAUAUCUUUAUUUGUUUUUCUCCUGUAUCCUUAGAGAUGAUGGUACAGUUUCUGGAAAUACUUAAAUGAUCUUAUGUAAAGAUGUCAAACUCUUGUGGAAUUAUACUUUUAAAGUGAAUGUCUACCUUCUAACACCAUGGUGUCUGUAGGUCCAUAAUUCUGGUCUGAUGUAUUUUUCAAUAAACCUUUAGGGUAGGGACACACGAAGCGCAUCCACAGCGUAUUUCACGUUGCAGAUGUGCUGAAGCAGUCAGAAGAGUGAGCUCCCUGACACUGCCGGGUAACUCUGUGUGGCCGCUCGUAGCAGUGGAUUUUCCACUGUAAACACAGUGUCUGCUCAUAGCAAAUACACAGUGGGAAAUCCACCGCUACGAGCAGACACAAAGCUAUCCAACCGCAGCAGGAAGCUCGCUCAUGUGACUGCAGGUAUAACCCUACCCUUAGGGUAUUUUUCACACGCACUAUAUAUAUGCUGUGGAUUUUCUGCUGCAGAUUUUAUCAUUGACUUACUACCAGAAUAUGUGCAGCAUAUGUAGUAGGUAUGAACAUACAGGGUUUUGUUUGCCAGUGAAUUUAGGUGGUAUUAUAGGGAUAAACGUGUCUAGAACUGUGUUUUUUGGUUUUUACAUUAUGUUUUUCCCUGGAAUACCCCUCUUAAAUGAUAAAAUUCUGUCACUACGAUGAGAGAUUAGGAGUUUACAUCAUACUAUGUUAUUAUGGAGUUCAAUGCUUAAACAGUAUUCAAAGUACCUAAGGUCCCCUAGUAGAGGCAGAAUAUUGUUUAACUCAGUAUUUCGCAAACAGCCGUUGGCUGUCUGGACAUGCUGGGAGUUCUAGUUUGGCAACAAGUGGCGACACACUGUUUGCUAAACACUUCUUUAAUUUAUGCCCAUUAUUUGGCACAAAAUGUGCAUUAACUAAACUUUAAACAUUUGGUAUCUAGUAAUCUGUAAUUGAUCUGCACCACAGAAGUAUCCCGAAGUUUAAGCCAAAAAAAUGCAACCAAUAUUUGGCAUAAAUAUAAAGGAGAAAAUGUUAUAGGAGCCUUUUACCACUUCAAGACUUUUCCUAUGUAAAUUGAUGUAUUAAAACGGAAUACAUAGGCUGGGAUUGUGUAAUUGCUGCCAGGUUUCUAUUCUGCCUUCUAUUCUCUCAGCACAGUGCCCAUUAAAAGGGUUUCUACGUUUUAGUAAAAGUAUAUGUAUUAGCAUGUUAAGCACAAAAAGUUUUCAAUACUGAGGUUGUUAAAAUAAUACCAUGGAGAACUGGUGCAAUUUCUAUGUGCUCGUGUUAAUAGAAUACAUUAACUAUAAUUGUAGAAGCAAACGAUUUAAGCAACUAGUCUGUCUUCAGCAUAUGUCUGAAAUGACAUAUCAUGAGGCCAUACACUUUCAGUAGCUGUCGACUGAAUGUUUUUUGGUUGACAGCUAUCUCUCCUACUUACCAUAUACACAUGAUCGUUUAUAGGGGAGGUAAGCUGCUGCCAGACUCAUCUUACCCCAUCUUAUCUCCCCAAGAACGUAAGGAGUCAGGCAGUUGAAAUCCAGCAUGCCCGAUCCUUUUCUCCCCAGUAUCCUCUAUCGGGAGGCUACAUACAUAGUAGAAGUCUACUAGUCCUUAUGAAGUUGAUGGGUUCAGCUGACUUUUCCCUAAUGUGUACAAGGGCCAUAAGAUUGAUAUGUACCAAUUUAUCCAUGCAGUAAUAAAACCACAUUCUUUUCAAUAAUCUAUUAAUCAGACUAUUAGAAAAUAGAGGUGGAGAUCCAGUUUUUGGGUACGUUCCCACCUGGCGUAUUUUGCUGCGUAUUUGCUGCUGCAUAUUUUAUUUUCCCAUUGAAGUCGAUGGGUAGGAAAAUGCGCAGCAAAAUAUGCCAGGUGGGAAUGCACCCUUAUUAUGAUUUAAGAACUAUUUAAAAGAACUACUCUGUGCAAAAUUGUUCCUAUGUUACUCCUAGUGCACAGACCUAAGGGGGCAAAACAUGACCCAAGGAUUUGACUAGGGCUCUGACGAUUCUCUAUUUUACCAUAUGUAAGACAAAACAGUGCCACCAUUUUAAUGGCCAUGGAUCAAUAUCUUACCACAUCCUGUCUCCAUAAUUUUAUUGUUUUAAACUCAUUGAUUUUAUUUUUACAAAAUAAUAAAAAAAAAUUAAAAAAAUGUUUCUUUUGAAAUAAAGUUUUCUGUCUCAGGGGAACUAGCUACUAUAGCUCGACCCAUGUUUCUUGGUUUAAAGUACUAAUUUACUAAUGAAUAUUAUGUUACAUCUCUUUUUGGUAAAUCCUUACCGUAAGUGGAACUUCCACGGUAGCAGGUCAGUUUUUGAACAAUUUUUUUUAUUCACAGACAUGAGGCGAAUGUGUUCUUUUUAUUUUGGGUUGCAUUUUUGCAUAUGUAUAUGCCUCUUCCUUUUGAAUAGUGAGCUAUUUUCCAUUGCAUUCUAAGAAUCUUCUACUCUACUCGUUUAUAUAAAGGGAGUCUAUUUUGUUUUUCCAUUUUACUAUUUUAUAUUUGCUGUAAUAUAAUUGAUUUAUUGUUAUGAAAUGAGGGUUGUAAAUCUCAGAACCAAAUCUAUGCUUAAUAAAGUUACAUACAUGCUGUGC